AUCAGCAGAGCAGGUUAGCGUCAAGCAGCAUAAGCUUUCCAUCAUCAAAACUACCGACCGAACAGGUAGUGGAAAAUAUAAACAAGGAGCAUAAACCGCUUUGAUUGCAUUUAUCAAACGAUGCCGGAUUCGUUGCAAGUAUAGUUUUGCGCAGAGCGAAAAACCUAAUUUAUUUCAAAUACUUUGGUUUGUCGAAAUUCAUAGUAAAGUCGUGUGAAAAAACAAUGAAAAUUGCAGUUGAAGGUUGUGCUCAUGGUGAGUUGGAGAAAAUUUAUGAACUGGUUGAGUCCAUUCAGGUUCAAGAGGGAUAUAAGAUUGACCUUUUGAUCUGUUGUGGUGAUUUCCAAUCAACCAGGAAUCUGGAGGAUUUGCAGUGCAUGGCGGUACCCAAAAAGCAUCUGGAUAUCGGAACAUUUUAUAAGUAUUACAGCGGGGAAAAAAUAGCUCCGGUUUUAACGAUUUUCAUUGGAGGAAAUCACGAGGCAUCAAACUACCUUCAGGAAUUACCAUAUGGAGGAUGGGUUGCACCGAACAUAUACUACCUCGGUUAUGCUGGGGUAGUUAAUAUAAAUGGAAUACGAAUAGGUGGAGUUUCUGGUAUUUACAAAGGACACGAUUACCUGAAAGGAAGAUUUGAGUUCAGCCCGUAUAAUGAAUCUACCAAACGUAGCGUGUAUCACAUUCGCCAAAUUGACGUGUUUCGUUUGAAACAGCUUACGCCUAAGGUAGACAUUUUAUUGUCCCACGAUUGGCCACGAGGCGUUACCAAUUUUGGAAACAAGAACCAGUUGAUCCGAUUUAAACCGGCCUUUAGAGAGGAAAUCGAGGAAAACAAGCUGGGAAGUCCACCGUGCGAGGAUUUGCUGAAAGCACUAAGACCUCCGUAUUGGUUUUCGGCCCAUCUUCACUGUAAGUUUUCCGCCGUAAUUUCGCAUGAAGGUGGAGAGAGCACGAAGUUUUUGGCAUUAGAUAAGUGCCUACCCAAAAGGAGAUUUUUGCAAGUACUAGACUUACCAACGUCCGAUGCGUCUAGGAGAAUCGAGUUAAAUUAUGAUUUAGAAUGGCUAACUAUCCUGCAUUUGACCAACCAUCUCAUCAGCGUCCGGGGUAGCAACGGUUACAUGCCAGGAGAGGGUAGCUCCGAACGGUUCAAUUUUACACCCAGUGAAGAGGAGAAAAAGGCAGUCUUAGAGCGAUUUCAAAAUAAUUUACAAAUUCCUCGGAAUUUUUCUCGAAUAUCGGAGCCUUAUAAUUCUGCGGCGGGUAUAGCUAUGGAUUUGAUUGAUCAACCCAAGGCGUUCCUAAAUCCUCAAACAACGGAAUUUUGUGAUAGGCUAAAUAUAGAUGACCCUUUACAAUUGGCUAUGCUGAUGACUGGACACAGUCUCAACACUUCAACGUAUAUCGAUCAAAGUCCGCUUGAUGUCUCAAAUAAUUCAGAUCGAAACGAGGACGAACUUGUGCUAGAUGAGGAUUCCUCUUCCAACGGAGAUGACCAGGCAGAGGGCGGUCUUCUUUUACCACGGGCCCCACUGGCGUCGAUUCUGCCAAAGCCAAAAUGGAGACAUGAUUCAAGCACGGAUACAUCAACCAUGGACGAUUCUUCCCUAUCUACUUCAAACCGCAGUGUGUUAAGUUUACCGACACCACAAAAGCAGGAUUCCAAUUUGUCGGAUAACUUCACCAUCGACGAGUUGCAUCUGUCGAGUCCGAAAGUUUCCGCUGUAAGAGAAUGUGUCAUAGCGCAGCCCUUUGACGAGAAAAAGAUAGAUUGUACGGAAGAGAAGCCACCGAUGAAAAAAUUUAAGCGAAGGAAUCAGGCAAUCUAUGCUAAGGAGGAUAGUGAUUGAAGUUAUAUUUAGCCAGCCAGUCGAUUGUGAACAAAAGCAGGUAUGGGUGAGUAUCAACUAAUUUAGCUGUCAUUUGUUUAUAUAGAAAAAUAUGUAACUUUGAUAAAAUCUUUUUGUAAGCGUAACGAUUAGAAACGCCAUUAAGAAAGGAACAUUUUUAAAUAUUAAAACUCUAGCAAUGAUUUGCGUACUAAUAAUUUAGUUUUGAGAUCCACAUCACCAUAAACUGGAUAGUGAUGUUGUCAAUUCAAUAAAUGCGUUAAAAUCAA